AUGGCGGAGGCAGAAGGCACCGGACCCACCGCUUCACCCACUUUGAAGCGUGCUGAGCUGGCAGUGUUGGUUCCGCGUGGUACCGGGGCCACUGCGAUGGAGUCCUUGCGGCGCCGCUACGUGCAGGCAGAGCUGCAGCUGCGUGAAACGGAAGAUCGCUUCCGCCGUGACUGUGCCAGGCAGGAACAGGAGCUGGAGCUGCUGCGCAUUGAGAAUAACAAGUACAAGGCGAAAAUAGAAGAAAUGCGCAUGACAGAGACGAUGCCGCAGGAGAUGAUACAUCACACGCUUGUUUCUGGCGCGGAAUCCAAACUGCUCAAGGCGUCCUCGCGCAGGUACUGCAUGGCGCGUGAGGCAGUUGAGCGCUCCCGAGACGAAUUAAAUGAAAUCAGAGCACGAGUCGCCUCUACGCGCCAACGCAUUUAUGACACAAAUCGAAAGAUGGCUGGCACCCACACACGUGGUUCUCUUCCCAGCAAGCCACCAUAUAAUAACUGCGCUGAAACUGUUCUACAAACGCAGGCCUCGCGUUCACAACUCCGCGGGCUGGAGGCGCAUGUGGAGUUGGAGACGGAUCGUCGCGCAGACUUUAUCGAAGAGGUGAAGAAUCUGCGGAAGGAGAUUGAUGUGCUGCUGACGCUGCAGAGGAGAACCCGCGAUGUUUUCCGUGAUCGCGAGCGUGAGAUGUUAGAGGUCGUGAAGGAAAGCUCCUUUCUUAUUGAAGUCUGCAACGUCCUCUUUGAGGAACGCGACGCCUGCCAGCAGCAGCUGGUGGAGCUUCAACAGGCCUUCGAGGCGGAUAACGAGGCCUAUGAAAAGACAUUUCAAGACAUUGUUGGGGUGGAGGAACGUGACAAAACAGUGAAGGGCAAACUGCGCGAGAACAUCGCCAAACUGGAAAAGGAAAUGCGGCAAGUUGUCACUGAGCGAGAAGCGGUGGAGCGUGUCUUAGACGCGGAUGACACCGCACUCCGCAAAUCCACAAUGGGGACCACCGGCCACGAAAACGACAGCGACAUAGACAGCACAGGUGUUUCCCUGCAGCUGGCAGAGUUCGAACGCUACAUUGGCCGGCUUGCGGAAAUUGCCGGUUCUGAGAGUCUUCCUGAUAUAGAACGUUAUAUAUGCGAGGGGGGUGAGCAGCGGCUUAAGCUGUACUCCCUGCUUCACCGCACGCAAGAUGCUGUUGCCGCCCUUACUCAGGAAAAGGAGACAUUACAGCAGGCACGUCUGCUUGCUACAGACGGCCCCAUGGCCGGACAAAGCGCUCGGGAGGAAAUGGAGAGUCUGCAAUCACAGCUGGUUCAGAUACAACGUGACACGCUUGAUCAUGAGCAACAGGCAGAGUUUGUGCGGUCGCAACUUGAUGCCGUUCUAUCAGAGGUGCAGUCAAUUUUCAAUGCGCUGGGAUGCGACGAUCGCUUCAUCAUUGAUCGGCACGGCGUGUCUGUUCUUUCCCGUGGCACGGUGAAUUUGUUUCUUGCCGCCAUUGAGCAGCGUCUGGAGGAGUACGUGGCAGUAUGGAUGCGGCAACAUCAGCCAUUGCAGACUUUGCCCCCGGCUGUGGGUUUUGAUGCGGUGGGGCCAAAGCUCACUGCACUGGUGAGCACAUCAACGCUUAUGGCAGCAACGCCGCCACACAUGCUUCCCUCCACGCACGAGCCCGAUACGGUUGGGCACGACAAGAAUCUAACACCAGAUCUAAAUCGCGGUGAGGCGACGCCAGAUAUCAGACUGCCUAUAUAG